AGAGGAAAGAGACCCCAUGUGUUGUGAAGGUUCACUACUAAAACAAGACAACCACCCCACAAGAGGUGAUUAGCAGAACAAAACAGGCACCACCUCCACCGGGGUGACCAGCCAUUACCAUCAGGAUAAAACCCCAGUUCAUUGUUCCACCAAGGUUCGGGUCCUGUUUAGGAAUUUCCCUGGUGGUAUUUCACAAUGACGAUUGGGAUAAACGAGCCGGGAUUCUCGGGUUGUAAGGACCUGUGGUGUGACUAUGAGUUUUGGGGAGGAUGUAAACACUCGUAUUCUGAGAGAGUCCUCAAUGGGUACUUCAAAGAGUACAUCAUCAUAUUGAUGGCUCUGGUACCAGUGCUCGGACUACUAUCAGUGGUCCUGAACCUGGUAGUAGCCCGGUUCUACAGUACUCGUCAGGAGGCGGUGUCCUCUGUGUAUCUUGUUAUUAGUUACGUGAAUGUGCUGGUGGGGCUUGUAGCUUUCCUUCAUACCGGAACCUAUUUCACACUGAGUAUGCCCUGUAACUCCCAACCUCCAGAAGUACAUGUGAGCAAGACCUGGCUUCAGUUCCAGGUGGUAACGAAUAUACUGACCCUGCUAACGUCCAGGGUCAUGCCAUUAUUAGUUGCCAUGGUAACCGUCAUUAGAGCUGGUGAAGUUUACCUCAAGAAGAAGGAUCUGAAUUUCAGGAUACCUUUACUAGUCAGCUUGAUAUGGAUUGUAGGGUGGGCUGUAGGACUCGGGUACACAAUACAGAUGAGAAACACAGCAACUAACAUCUUCCUGCCAAUGUACGCUGUUAUAGAAAGAGAGUCCCCCGAAUGGGCGUACUACUUCUUUAUCCUGCUGGACUACGCCCCUUUAGUCCUGGUUUCCAUGGUUACCAUCCUGUGUACCGGGCUGGUGGGCGUGUCAGCGUGUAUCAGUGAGAAGGGAUGGGAGGACAGGGAGUUUAGGACCAGUGUGGGUGUAUUUCAGGUAGGGGCAGUGUAUCUAGUCUGUGCGACCUGCCAAGUGAUAGGGUUCGGGGACAUUCUUCAGAUCUACCUUAGUAAAACUUUCAAACUCUCCCUCGGCUUUAUGCUUACUUACAUCCUCACUUCCGGAUCUGUCCUCUUGUUCGCUGCCACAUUUCCCUUGCUUACCAUCCGCUGGGACAGGCGACUACGGUUAUGGCUGACAGCGUCAAGAGAGCAUGUGUAUGAGAGUAUCUCUCAGUACAGCUCACAGUACAGCAUGAAGACAGAUCACAGUACCGUCUGGAACUUUGCCAGAAGUGUCCGAUCAAGAUUGGGGCUGAAUAGUGAGUACAGAAGUGAACGAACUGACAUGAGCACAGUUUACAACCCCGUCUCAGAAUCAACCAUCUCCCCGACAAUAGCUGAAACUCUCCGAACAGACCGCAGUACGGUCCUCCUCCCUUCACCCCACCAAACAGACAGAUCUCUCACCACUGCCUGGACAGACCACAGCACUGCUUCUGGCAUCACCAGUCUGUUUGGUUCCCAUGGUGACGCGACGCGCGCAUCUUCAGUCGGCGCGAGAACAGACAGAAGCUCUUGGAGAGCGAUCACUCCAACUCUCCCUCCUUCCCCGCCCCCAACUCUUACUAUCCGUACUGAUCACAGUUCUGUUAACGGAGCUGUGACCCAGCCCAGAUCUAGCCCCGCUCUCAGCAAGUACACUGAUGCUACCUCCGAUGUAGAGGAUUAUAAGAGUACGGUGGAGUACAGGAGGAAGCUGGAUAUCAUCACUACCAGCAGGAGGGAGAUGGAGCACCUCAGAUCAGAAAAAGAGAAGUUACUAGGAGAGUACAAGUCAAACUUGGAACUACUUGCCGAGUCAGGAGUGGAUGAUCUGAGUACCAUCUACUACCCAGGAUCCAGUGAAGUCUCCUCAGGAUCCCUCCAGAUACACUGACAACACCUCCACUAGGUCUAUAUCUUCUCACAUUAGAGCAGUAGACGGGUCUAUCAAAGGAAGGGUUAAACCACCAAAACCAGAUUACAGAUACGAUGAGAGUGACGCUACGAGUGGGACUGGAAGUCUGUUUACAGUAAAAGAGAGCACGGUACUCAGCGAGGCGGAUACCGAUCUUACUUCCAGAGCUUAUUCAAUGCGAACAAAGCCUAGAUCAGACCAAGACACAGACCAGGAUUACACAGACCACAGUACAAUACAGGGUGAGCUCUCCAGUCUGCCACCAGCUAAACCUCCUAGUUCUACCUCUACUUCAUCUGAUGAGGGAGAGACACACACGGACAUCAGUACUAGGAUCUCGGCUAGGUCCAGAUUGGGAGGGAGGAGCCGGAGAGAUGAGAGUGAGAGAGAUGAUAGUACAGUUUUUAGUGCCCCCGGCAAAACAGACUUUGAUUCAGAGUAGAGGAGUGUUUCAGUGCUCCAAGGGAAUGAUAUGUUGUCACCUUUCAUUACAGAAUACAUUAUUAAAUGGUAGACAAUCUACCAGUCUACUGUAGAUUCCUGUCUCCAAACGUUAAUUUUCUUUCUGUAGUCAGCAUGUCAAUUAAUAAUUUAAUCAGUGGUCUGUGGUUACUGAAAUUUGCUAUUCGAGAUAUAUAUUGCCCUAUAAAAAGUUAGGUCGAAACUGAACAGUAGCAAACCUGGAAAAAGGUCCAAAAGUCGAUUUCUUGGUUAACCAUGAAGUAGAUGGUAACACUGCAGAGUAAGAUUGGGAAUGUUGUGAUUCCCACCAGCCGGUAAAAUACCUGAAAAUUAAAUUCGGGCUUUUAUUUUAGCAGGUAGUGAAGAUUCGUUAAUCUGGGUUAUUUAAAAUAUUGUUAAAAUAUUGUCAACUAAAUUUAAUCCAUUUGUAUUGAUUUG